CUCAGUGUGAGGAGUGUGGCGAGGGUCCAGUUCCCAUCUCCGCUGUGCGGCCUGUGUGCGUAUAGACCAUGGUCGAGAGCUACAAAUACUGAUGUAGCCUACCAGCAAACGAAGGUCUCAUGGAGCUUGUCAAAGCGGCAGUGUUUCAUUCGUGUUUGACUCCACAAUGCACUUUAGGAUUUCAAUAAGAUGUAUGUGUGUUUUGAGAUAAUCAUUUUUCUUCAAGCUCUCAACUUCAACUAUUUCGCCAAUGCUCAGGAUCAAGCGUGCUGCAACUAUGCUGUCGAAGUCCCCUCAUGUAAGGAAGCAUGCGAACAGCUCGCAACCAUCAGAAGUGAAUCACGUCUGAAGCACUUUUUACAACGUUUGCCAGGUUACUGCCCAGAAUCCAUGACUGAUAUUUGGACCUGCAUCAAUUCAUCAUUACCAGGAGUGCCGCAGAAACCAGAGGGCUGGGUGGGCUUAGGAUGCUGUGAGCUGGCCAUCUCCCCCGAGUGCCGUCGCGAAUGCAAACAGGCAUCAUCAAAAAAUGACAUCACAAAAGUAUGCAAGAAGGACACAGAGAAACCCCUGUUCAAAUGCAUCACCAAAAAUGAAAUGGGCUCGGUGUGCUGCAGUUAUGCGGGCCGGCACACCAACUGCCGCGAGUACUGCCAGGCCAUCUUCCGCACGGACGCGUCCCCCAGCGCCUCCCAGAUCAAGGCCGUGGAGGACUACUGCCAGAGUGUCAGCCCCCAGCUCAUCAGCUGCGUCAGCAACUACACCAAGUCCUACCCCAACAAGACGCCCAAAGACAGCCUGUACUGCUGCGACGCUGCUGAGGAGGCCCACUGCCAGUCCUCGUGCAAGCACAUCCUGCGCACCAUGACGACGGAGCACGAGAUCAUGGAGGGCCUGAUCAAGGAGUGUGGCAGCGAGCCCCUCCCCCAGGACCCCCUCUGGCAGUGUUUCCUGGGCAACGCCAACCCCCCGCCUCCGGACCCCGAGCCGCACCCGCAGAAGAUCGACUGGGCCAAGCUGCACUGCUGCGCCAAAGCCAAUACCUCACUCUGCAGGGACAUGUGUCAGGAGAUCAGCACCAACUGGGGCACCCAGACGUGGCAGGAAUUUGACCAGCUGUGCGAGUACAACCCCGUGGAGACGGCCCUCAUCACCUGCCUUGCCGACGUCCGCGAGCCCUGCCAGCUGGGCUGCAAUGACCUCGCCUACUGCACCAACUUCAACAACAGGCCUACCGAGCUGUUCCGCAGCUGCAACGUCCAAUCAGACCAGGGCGCCAUGAAUGACAUCAAGCUGUGGUCCAAUGGCACGAUCCGGAUGCCCUUCAUGAACAUCCCCGUGCUGGACAUCAGGAAGUGCCAGCCGGACAUGUGGAAGGCGGUGGCCUGCGCUCUGCAGAUCAAGCCCUGCUACAGCAAGUCACGCGGCAGCAUCAUCUGCAAGUCCGAUUGUGUGGACAUCCUGACCCAGUGUGGUGACCGCAAGCGAUUCCGGGAUGGAAUGACACCCGAGCGAAUCUGUGACCUCCUGUCUCCUAGCGAUAACUCGGAAGGCUGCAUCCCUCUGGAAAGAUACCUGAAGCCAAGUUCCCUUGGCAACUUCAUAGAGGAAGUGAUCCACCCCUGCAACCCCAACCCGUGUCCUAGCAACUACCUGUGCGAGGUCAACCGCAAGGGAUGCCACGUGGGCCAGGACUGUUUGCCUUACUUGUGUGUCCCAGGCUGUAAGCUGGGUGAAGCCUCUGACUUCCUGGUUCACAUGGACACGCGGAUCCAGGUGCCGUCUCAGAACUCAGGGCCUGGCUGCUAUGACGUGUGCACCUGCAACCCUAGUGGUCGACUGGAGAACUGCGCCCCCAUGCCCUGCAUUGACACGGACAAGAAGUGCAUGGUGGGAGGCCAGGCAAAGAGCCAUGGGACGUCCUUCCGUGUGAACUGCCACCCGUGCUCCUGCUAUGCCGGAGAGACCGUCUGCUCGCAACGCGAAUGCCUGGGCUCAGACAGCACGGACGACCAGCGACGCCGCUUCACAGGUCUACCGUGUGGUUGUCCCAAUAACUUCCUGCCUGUGUGUGCGCGUAAUGGCCGCACCUACCCCACGGCCUGCGUGGCGCGCUGCAUGGGCUUCAACGACAGCGACUUCCACUUCGGCACCUGCCGCAACAGCAACCCCUGCACCCCCAACCUCUGCUCCCGCGACAAGAGGUGCGUGCCCAGGAGAAGAGUGUGUCUGACGGACACGUCCGAGUUUCCAUGCCGACAGUUUGAGUGUGUGAGCCGGCCGCCCAGCUGUGACAAGAACCAGUUGGAUCCUGUGUGUGACACGGACAACAUGGAGCACUCCAACCUCUGCAUGCUCUACCAGAGAGGCAAGACCUUGGCCUACCGCGGACACUGCCAAGAUGCCUGCCGUAAGCCCCAGGAGGUAUGUGGUCAUAACGGGGAGACGUACGCCACCAUCUGCGAGGCGUACUCGGACCGCGUGGCCGUGGACUACCAUAGCCCCUGCUACGCCGUGGGGGCCGUGGCCGAACACAACUCGGACUCGGGUUGCAACCCACGCCACUGCCCUCCCCUCUCCACCAAGGGCUGCAAGCCCGUCACACCACCAGGUGCGUGCUGUCCUCUCUGUGCUGGAAUGUUACAGAUCCUUUGGAACAAACAACAGAUGAAUGAUUUCGCCAAGUUGAACCGUAACCAGCCGGUGACGCUACAUGACAUCCUGCGCAUCCUGCGUCUGCACGUGUCGGUGCCUCAGUGUGACAUCUUCGGCUACCUGAGCGUCGACUCAGAGAUCGUCAUCCUCAUCGUGCCCGUGGACCAGACGCCUACAGCAUUGCAGAUCGAGGCCUGCAGCAAGGAGGCGGAGAAGAUCGAUUCCCUCAUCAACUAUGGCAGCCCCACGCUGGUGUCACACGUGCCCUUAUCGGCCUUUCUCACGUCCGAGGUCAAAGUGUCCACCAUCAGCUCGUCAGCCGGACGGCCCUCCGCCACCCCCCUGCCCCACCUCUGCCUCUCCCUCCCCCUCCUGCUGCUGCUGCUCAUGUUGGUGGGGGCUCCAUGGGGACACUAGUCCCCCCCCCACCAACUCACCCCCCAGCCCCCC